UUUUCUUAUUUGUUGAUCAUUCGUGACGUUGCAGUCAGAUUUGAUCUCACUGGAAAAGCCCCGCUGAUAAGCCCCGCUGCCCCUUUCCUCAAGACCACCCGCCCAUCGCCGUCCCUUCGCUCUACCCUUGUCCCCGCCUCGACUUCCAGCUCACACACCCCCUCCCCUCGCCUCCCGCAUCCCCCGGUUGGCUUUGGCGCGCUUGGCUUGUUCGCUUUGAGAAAUGAAGCUCGCUUUACUCUCAACCCUCCUCGGCUUCUGCUGCUUGCUGCAGCAUGCGGCCGCGAUGCACAUCCACACCACCGUGUCCACAACGGAUCCAAUCACGUACCUGAACAAGUUCUGCUUCGACCAGGGCGCAGACACGGGCUACAUGUGGGGCGAUGUCCGCCCAACGACGGCCGCGGUCGCUCAAACAAGCGCGUUCAACGGCGCGUUUGUAUUCGUUAACGACGAUCUGUGGGCCACGCUCGGCGGCAUGACCGACUGCGCAAAGAUUGUCAACCAGAUCCGCGACUGGGAGAACAACGACAUUCCGUACCUGCACUGGUGCGCUCCGUUCAGCAACAACCGCACGGCGCCAGCGAAUUGCUACGCCGUCCCGCCGUUUACUGAGCCCAAGGCCAACAUUGUCAACGAGUACAGCGCAUACACGCGAUCCCGCUUCUGGUAUGCCAGUCUGGUUGCGUGCGACUUUUCGACCGCCACCCCGUCCGCGGGAGGCGUGCACGGCGUUGUGGACGUCUGGGUGGUCAACGGCAAUCCGAACGUUGUCAGCCACGACUACUUCAUGUACCAGUUCUCCUUCGAGUACCAGGGCGCUCUUGGUCUCUUUGUGGCCUACUUUGUCUUGUACAUCGUCCUGGUCUCUGCACACGUCUUUGUGCACCUGCGCAGCGGCGGUUUUGCCGGCAUGCCGCUCUUUGUGCGUCUCGCGUCGGCCGCCAUGUUCCUCGAGUUUCUCGCCGUCCUGGCCAACCUCAUUCACUUUGGCCAAUACUCGCAGGAUGGCGAGGGCGUUCCUGGAAUGCAUGCGUUUGGCUUCUUUUUGCAAAUCAUUUCCCAGUGCGUCUUGAUGCUCCUCCUCCUCUUGUUCGCCAAGGGCUGGAGCUCCCCUCCCAGCAGCGGUGCCAAGCGCCGCCUCAUGCUCGGUCUGUUUGGCGGCUAUUCACUCUUGUUCAUUGUCCUCUUCAUUUGGAUUGAGGCUGGCCAAGAUCCGCAAUCGCUGCUGAACGAGUACCAAACCUGGCCCGGCGCCCUGAUUCUGACCCUGCGUUGCCUGAUUCUUGUUUGGUUCAUUUAUGAGCUCCUGCGCACCUACCGCAAAGAGGUCAACUCCGACACACUCAGCUUCUACCGCCGGUUUGGAGCAUUCUUUGUGGUUUGGUUUGUCGCCUUGCCGCUCAUUGUCAUCGCGGCCGCCAUUGUCGAUCCGCGCUGGCGCUACAAGACCAUCAACGGCUGCUUCUACACACUCAACUUUGUGUCGUUUGCCUUCCUGGCGUUCCUGCUGUCGCCAUCCCGCUCGUCCAAGUACUUUAAGCUUGAUCAGGCGCACGACGACGAGGACACAUCCGACUCGAGCGCGCUGCCCUAUGAUUCCAUUUGAGAGUGCGGGCCACUCGGAUGUCCAUCCCGGCAGUUGCAGCAUUGAGCAAAAGUUUUCGCUCUUUGCGCGUUUGCAAAAGAGGUUAAUCCUUUGGUGCACAAGUGUUUUUUUCGUUUUGCUUUUUUCGUUUUGCUUUUUGCGAGUGUUAUUGUACAUUCCGAUUCGUUUCGUCAGGCUAACAACCAAUUAGUAGUGGC